UUGAAAUCUUGGCUUCAGCUUUUUUUCCCUUUAGUUCGUGGGUCAUAUGACCAAAAUGUUCCUUUGGUUAAGAGAGUUAAGGCAGGGUUAAGACUCUAAAUCGUCCUUAGUUGUUAAUGUGAGUGUGGAUGCUUAUUUGUCUAUCGUAUGUGGCCACUGUGGUCCAGGGCACAUACACUGCCUAUUGUAAAAUAUAAAAGAUUGAGUUUUUGUCUACCUUCAGCCUUUUGUGCACUCUUUGAGUGCUCAUAAAUAAUUCAGUGGUUCUUCUGGUCCCAUUGCAAGAAAGCAUCAUUUCUUGCUGCACAGUUUGUGUCGCAGCAUAGAACAUGAAUCAAGGGAAAGUGCAGAGCAACCAGGAGACUCAAGAACCCUCUCGGUUCCCCUCCCCAACCCAUCCCUCUCUCUCUCAAGUGGGCACUCAGCGUUAGUGCUGGGCUGUUAGGCACUGUGCUCAUUGCCUGCCAUCACAGCACCUGCUUUUCUGCUCACGUUGCUUCACCUUCUCCUUCUGCUCAAACAUGAUGGAGAUUGGACCAAGAUGUCUCCAUUUGAUUCACUUGCUGGUUUUGUGUCUGUCUUUCUGCCUGCCAGGAGACACAAACACAAAAAAGGCCAUCAAGAUACCCCGCUGUCCUGCGACCUGUUCGUGCACCAAAGAUAGUGCUUUUUGUGUGGAUACGAAGGCUAUUCCAAAGAGCUUCCCACCUGGCAUCAUUUCUCUGACGAUGGUGAACGCAGGAUUUACGACGAUUCCUGAGGGAGCUUUCUCGCACCUUCACCUACUCCAGUUUUUACUCUUGAACUCCAACACAUUCUCCACCAUUUCGGAUGAUGCUUUUGCUGGGCUGUCUCACCUUCAGUACCUGUUCAUUGAGAAUAACGAAGUCCAAACUCUCUCAAAAUAUACCUUCCGGGGACUAAAAUCUCUGACUCAUCUAUCCCUCUCAAACAACAACCUCCAACAGCUGCCCAGAGAUCUGUUUAAACAUCUGGACAUCCUCACAGAUUUGGACCUGCGAGGAAACUCCUUCCGCUGUGAUUGCAAGAUCAAGUGGCUGGUUGACUGGAUAGAAAAGACCAACACUUCUGUUCCUCCCAUAUACUGUGCAAGCCCUUUUGAAUUUCAGGGUCGCAGGAUCCACGACCUUGCCCCAAGAGACUUUAAUUGCAUCAGUGCAGAUUUUGCCAUUUAUGAAACGUUUCCUUUCCAUUCUAUGUCUGUGGAGUCUUAUGAGUUUGGGGGAGAUAUGUUUGUUGUCUUCUCUCAGCCUGAAUCCGGUUUCUGCACUCUUUAUGUGUGGGAUCAUGUGGAAAUGAAAUUCAGGACAUUUCAGAACAUUACCUCUCGUUCAGCUUUGUACUGCAAACCAGUAGUAAUAAACGACACGCUUUACAUGGUUGUGGCUCAACUUUUUGGUGGAUCUCACAUCUACAAGUGGGAAGAGGACCCUCUUCGCUUUGUGCAGAUACAAGACAUUGACACAACACGAGUGAAGAAGCCCAACUUUGUGGAGACAUUCCAGCUCGAUGGUGAAUGCUAUUUUGUAGUAGCAGACAGUUCGAAGGCCGGUUCAACCAGCAUUUAUCGAUGGAACAGCAAUGGCUUUUACUCCCACCAAUCCCUCCAUCCUUGGCACCGCGACACCCAUGUGGAGUUCCUCAACGUCGGAGGAAAGCCUCACCUCAUCCUCUCCAGCGCAACUCAACCACCAGUGGUUUACCAGUGGAACCGAAGCCAAAAGCAGUUUGAUUUCUUCUCCCAAAUCACAGAGCAAGCUGACGUGCAGAUGGUCAAACACUUCUGGGUUCGGAAGGCGCUUUAUCUUUGCCUCACACGCUUCAUUGGUGACUCGAAAAUUCUCCGCUGGGAAGGCCAGCGUUUCAUCGAGAUCCAGACUCUUCCCUCUCGCGGCUCAAUGGUGGUGCAUCCCUUCACCGUGGGCCUUCGGCAGUACCUUAUCCUUGGGAGUGAUUUCUCAUUUUCCAGAGUGUACUUGUGGGAUGAUCUCACUCAGCGCUUUCAGCCGUUCCAAGAACUCAAUAUGAGAGCCCCAAGGGCCUUCAGCUUCAUGUCCGUCGACAAUAAGGACAUAAUGUUGGCUGCCAGCUUCAAGGGCAAUUCUUUUGCCUACCAGCACCUUCUGGUUGAUCUCAGUGCAAAAUAGAAAUGUGAGAGACAAUGUGUUGUGCCAACAAAAAACAAAAACGUGCAGGAGUAUUCAGGUGCAUCUCAAUAAAUUAGGUUUGGAAAACUUUAUUUAUUCAGGUUAAAUAAUAAUUUAUUUAGGAAGAGAG